AUGGGUCUAAACUCGGACAAUAGAAGUUUCUCACAUGAAGAUAUGUGGUUAGGGAAUGUGGUCAUGAUUGAUUUGCAAGAGGAUGGCAACAUGGAACUCGGCUUCCUUAGAUUAGAGAGUUUGAAGGCUUUCUAUAGUGCAGGUGUUUGUAAGAGAAGGAGUAAAGGUUAUGAGAAAAUGGAGAUAGGAGUUGGGGAAGAUACUUCAUUAAGCCUUGAUGUCACUAACAAAUUAGAGACCCAUGUAAUGGUUGUCGAUGAUGAUUCAACUACUCUUGCUCUUGUUGCUGCCAUGCUUAAAACCUGGAAGUACCAAGUUGUGGCAGUAAGAAAUCCGAUGGAUGCUUUAUCAACUCUCCGAAUAAGUCAUACACAAUUCGAUCUAGUCGUGACCGAUUUGCACAUGCCUCAAAUGAAUGGAAUUGAACUUCAAAGACAAGUAGAGGAAGAAUUCAAAAUCCCUGUUGUCAUCAUGUCAUCGAACGAUGAAGAAAGUGUGAUACUGGAGACACUAGAGGGUGGUGCAGUGUUUUAUUUAGUGAAACCGGUGACCCGCGACGAUCUCAAGAACGUAUGGCAAUACAGUGUUUCUGCUAAGAACAAAGGCAAAGCAGCUGUUGUUGUGGAAGAGAUUGGAACAAACACACACAACGAUAUUAUUGGACAUGGAUCUUCAUCACCUGAUGAUGAUGAUGAUGAUGAUGAGAAAAUGUCAUUUGAAAAUAGUAAUAAUAGAGAUCAAGGAUCUUCAUCCUCAUUUGCAAAUGAAGGAAAAACUAGUGGUGGUGGGACUGAUAUUAAUCGUCGUAAGAAUAAAAGAAAGGAUUCAAAUAAUAAGGGAAAAUCGAAGAAAAUGAAUAAGGAAGACGAUGGUGACGACGACGACGACGAAUCUCGUGCACCCAAAAAGGCCAAGGUGGUUUGGACUAACUCUCUUCAUAAUCGCUUCUUACAGGCCAUCAGGCAUAUAGGACUUGACAGGGCUGUUCCAAAAAAGAUUCUUGAAUUCAUGGCCAUGCCAGGCCUAACAAGAGAGAAUGUCGCCAGCCAUUUGCAGAAAUACCGACUCUUCUUGAAGAGGGUCGCAGAGCAGGGCACAGCUUCAUGCAAGACAUUGACAGACAGGGCUUUAAGGUCAAGCUUUGCAACAGGGCAUCCAUGGCUGAUGUUCAACAAUCUCCAGCAAAACUAUCCUCACAAUCUCAAUCUCCAGAUGGGAAGACAGUUCCAGCUCCAGUUCCAUCCAGGUUUUGGAUUCCCAGCUUCUCUCACUGCUUCAAGCCUUGGCCUUACUCGCCAUCCUUAUAACCAGCAGGGAGCUUCAACUUCCAACGCUGUUACGCCUCGUCUUGGAUACGGACAGUCCUCCCUGUUGAACUACAAUCAAUCCCAUUUCAGUACAUCAUUGUUUGGAAACCGUAAUCUCGUUGAUUAUCAGGCUAAUAAUCGGUCUGUUUUGGGAUCAAACUACGACGAUAUUAAUGGAACAAGUCUCCCAUCUCAGCGGGCAGCUGGUCUCUCAAAUGUACUGUUGAGUGGUACUGCAAGUUCCUCAUCAGGCCAUAUCUACCAGCAACAGAAUCAAGCAAGGCCUCAUCUUUACACAAACACUACUCCACUCUUCGACUUUGGCUCUGAUUCCACCCCCAACACUACUAACAACAACUUUGGAGGAAUCCGAGGUGCCGGUGAUGGGCAGCUCAUUAAUGGACAAGGCCAAAUCAGGUUCGAUAACAGUACUAACCUUUCAAGUGGACUUGAUCAGGGUGGCUAUGGCUUGAUGAAUGCGACUAGCAAUAGUAAUAACAAUGUGAAUCUGUCACCUGUUCAGACAAACCAAAUCCCAUCAACAUUUGGUAAUAAUGUGGGUCAGCAAGCAAGUGCUACAGAGCUUCCACCAUUGCCACAACAGCAGUAUCAUGAGCUUAGUGGUAAUAAUAAUGGAGCUGCUGGAGGAGAAAAUUUUACUUCCAAUCUGCUUAUCAAUAAUAAUAUUUCCAAUCCUCCAUUUGACAACAAUGCUCAACAGCUUGGGGGUACUGGUGACCUUAGUGACAUUUUCUUGCAACCCACCACUGAAUUUCAGAAACAAGAGGGGAAAAGUGUCCAGGGAGUUGACUUCAUGGAGGGCUCAUUUGAUGCUGACGUGAGUCCAACUUUCAGUGAACUCCUGAAUAUUGUUGACUUCCCUAGCUCUUACCAUGUUGAUGACUAUGAUCCUUGGGAUGAACAAUUACUUGGCCAGAUCCCUGGUACUGAUGAAGUGAGGAACCCUAACUUGGGUGCAAAUGCAUAUCCUCUAGAAGGUUACACUCCAAUCCUUAAAGAGCAACAGAACGGGGGCUCUCAUAUCAUGGACUCUGGCGAUGAGCUCAGUCGCAUAUUUCAGAGAGGCAAUGCAAACACGGGGAAUCAGCAAUCUAAUGAUCUGGACAUGGAAGAUGACUUCCUGGAUGCCCUGCUAGAUGGGAGUGCACCAUUUUGA